AUGCACGCCCAUCAUAUAGCCCUCAUAGGCGUCAACUCUCGUAUCGGCCCUGCCAUCCUUCAGGCUCUGCUGGAGCACCCCUCCAAGCCCCACAUUGUCAUCUUCCUCCGACCCACCUCACAUCCCGCUCCAACCCAUCCCCGCAUCCGAACAGUCACUAUCCCCUCUGAUCCACCUACCCUCCACGAUCUCACCUCUGCGCUGAACGAGCACGACAUAGAGUCACUCGUCAGUGCGCUCUCCCCCGCGGAUCGCGAGACGCAGAUCACACUCGCGGAUGCGUGCGUCGCUGCCGGAGUCUACCGGUACAUACCCGCCGACUACGGAAGUAUGCGAAGCGACGACCCAUACGUCCUCGACCUCCUCCCCAACUUUCGCAAUAAGAAGCUUGUGCGGGAGCACUGCCAAGCCUUAGCGCGCAAGCACAAAAGCUUCACUUGGACCAGUCUCGCCUCGGGCCAUUUCUUUGACUAUGGCCUGCGGACGGAAUUGCUCGGUAUCAACGAGAAGGAGAACUCGGCGAUGCUGUUUGAUGGAGGGAAGGAUCGGUUCUCGACGAGUACGGUCAAGCAGAUAGGAAAGGCGGUGGCGGCAAUUGUGCUGGACAAGGAGGAGGAGACGGCGAAUCAAAUGCUGCUCAUUCAGAGCUUUUGCGUGUCGCAGCUGGAGAUCAUCAAGGCGAUGGACGAGGUCAAGGGAAGGCGGCCAGUUAAGGGUGUAUAUGUCGAGUCGGAGGGUUUCAUCGAGGAGAAGGCGGCGGAGGCAAAGAAGGGGGAUGCAGAGGCGGUCGAGGAGCUCGUAGCGGUCCUGGGGAUCAAACGGUCAAAUUGGACGGGGGACAAGCUGUUCGCGAACGAGCUAUUGGGGCUGAAGGAAGAGAAUCUGAGGGAUGUAGUACAUGAUGUACUGGGAUGA